AGUGCAAGCCGUGGCUUCCCUUCCCUGCCCCGGCACCUUCUCCUUCCUCUGCCCGGCGAUGGGUUAUGAGAAUUUAUUCCAGUCCUCGCCGGAGAUGGAGAGAUUUCUCUGCGAGAGGCUUAUCGAUCAGAGCCAGCCAAUCUCCGAGCGGUUUAGGGCUCUCUUCUCCCUUCGGAAUCUCCGGGGCCCUGGCCCACGGGAGGCCCUCAUUCGCGCUACAAGGGAUUCUUCAAAUUUGCUUGCACAUGAGGCAGCAUUUGCUCUAGGUCAAAUGCAGGAUGUUGAAGCUGUUCCUGCUUUAGAGGCAGCUCUCAGAGAUCUUUCAUUACAUCCAAUUGUUCGUCAUGAGGCAGCAGAAGCUCUUGGAGCAAUUGGUUUGGAGGGCAUUAUUCCCCUGUUGGAAGAGAGUUUAGCAACUGAUCCUGCUCAGGAGGUGCAGGAAACAUGUGAACUAGCUCUUAGACGUAUACAAGAACAAAAGAACAUUAGCAGUGGUGAUGGAGCAUCUGUAAAAGUUUCACCUUUCCUGUCAGUUGAUCCAGCCAUGCCUGCUUCCCUUAAUUCUUCAGUGGAUCAGCUAAGGGAAGUUCUCCUGAAUGAAGAAGAGGGCAUGUAUGAGCGGUAUGCAGCUCUCUUUGCACUUAGGAAUGCUGGUGAAGAUGCUGCUGUCAAUGCUAUAAUUGCAUCAUUAAAUGCUAGAAGUGCGCUCCUACGACAUGAGGUCGCUUAUGUGUUAGGUCAAUUACAAAAUAAAGCUGCUUCUGCUGCACUUUCUGAGAUCCUCAGAAAUGUGAAUGAGCAUCCAAUGGUUAGACAUGAAGCUGCUGAAGCCCUUGGAUCCAUUGCAGAUAGUGAAAGUGUGGCACUUCUGAAGGAAUUCGCAGUGGACCGUGAACCUAUAGUCUCCCAAAGCUGCGAAGUAGCCCUUAGCAUGCUCGAAUAUGAAAAUUCGGGCAAGUCGUUUGAGUAUCUUUUCUUGCAGACACCUCAAGUGCAGUAGUCUCUCAUCCACAAUGCUUUGCAUCCGAUUUUGUCUGUCACACAUUAGAAGAUUGGAUUUGAAAAUGAAAAGACUAGCACUAGUGCAUUAGGGCCUCCAAGUGAAACAUUUGUAUUUGCAGAUUGGCUCAAUAUCUGGUUCUGUUGCUUAUUAGUUUCUCUGAAAAUGUACCAUGGUCAACUUUCAGGACGAGGUAGUGUAUUGUCAAAAGAUGAGUUGAUAAGACUGCUUCUCUAUACCUCAAUUUAUGAAAUAUGUCCUUUUUUUCCCUUUUGAUGGUUAA